GCGGAGGGGAAACAGAGGCAGAGGCAAACUAAGGAAGACUAUGUACUUAUUUAUUCUGAGGUGCGUAUUAAUUGACUGGCAGGACAGCCAGAGAGUUAGAGAGCACAGAUUCGGUGGUCAAGAGAUGCACAAUUCAAUCACCACAUCAUCAAAAAGGAAGCCGGCCAGUUUUAAGAGGCCAACAGGAGGCUGUAACCCGAAGCGCCACUGAGUGCAGGCUUGGGAGACUCCUGGGAAACAGCUAAUAAGCUGCUUGGGAGUUGUAAAGUCCACAGAGCAGUGUCCAGGUUUUAGUUUACCAAAGUUGGUACUGCUCCCCCCUCUGAGUGGAGGCAGCCUGGGACUGCUGACGUCACUGAGGAGCAGAGAUAAAGGGGUGAUAUACAGCAGCUGGAAAGCAAAAACUUCUGAGGCGUGCUGGAGAGAGGCUCUACUGCUCAGUCCAGGGAACCACUGCUAAGCUGACAGGAACCCUUUCUUACAGAGAUCUAGGGAGGAGGAGGAAGAAAAGGGAACCAUUAAAGAUACCCUCAGAAAAUUGCUGAAAAAUGCCACAGAACGUUGUCCUUCCAGGACCGGCGCCUUGGGGCUUCAGGCUGACAGGAGGGAUAGACUUUAAGCAGCCGUUAAUCAUAUCCAGGGUAUGUCCUUUUCCCUUUUCUUUUCUUUUUCUUACAAUGGCAUCCUUGAAGUUGUGGAAGUGUGGAGUCUGCAGGAGGUGAUGGUGUUUUGCUCAUCCUCAGACAAGACAUGCUUUGCUGAAUGCUUUGUAUUUUUAAAGAACACAACACAGGUGGUUGUUAAUUUUGCACUGUGCAAUCAAUGGUUGAAGGGUUUCUUUUAAUAUGCUUGUCAAGAAGAGUGAGCAGACUUGACACUGCUAUUUCUUCCCAUGCACCCCUUCCUCUGAUGUAGUAUUCAUCUACUCAACCCACAUGAAUGGUUACCAGUGCAAUCCUAGAUAUGUCUCUUUAGAUGAAGAAAACCACUCAAUUCAAUGGAAUCACUCUCAGGUAAGGGGACACAGGAUUCACUGGACUGCAGUCCUGUAAUCCGCUUACCUGUGACCCCAUUGAAUCCAGUGGGAUUUGGAAUAGGGCCAAAUUUGCAACACAAUUUUGCAGUGCAGUGCCCUCACCCCCCACCACUUAGCUUCAGACAACCUGGAACAGGGCAUUUAUAGCACUGCUUAGGAGAAGGUGGGAGGACACCUUUUCCACUCCUGCCCCUUCCCCAUAAAUGCUGCUAGAGAGCUUAAGCUUGGGUCUGGCUGCCAGCCCCAAACUUGAGCAUUUUGUUUCUACAUGAAAGGGAGACAGGGUUUGGAGACUAAGGAACUGGAGAAUGUGUCUUCUUUUCCUUUGCUUCCUCCUGUAACAUCUUGAUUAUUCACCCCUCCACUGCUUUCAGAGCCUUCCUCCCACCUCCCCUGCAGACAGAAAUGAGAGAAACCUGUAGAAAGCAAUGGAUAAAUUCAAUUUUUUGCAUACUUGAGUUUCCUACUCAAAAAAAGCAAAAUGUAGCAGCAAAUACAGGAGUUCCUAACCAUAGCAUUAAUGUGAACCUAGAACUUCCAUCUCUGGUGAAAUAAGAUGUGUCUGUUCUUGCUUUCUCCAUAUAGGCUCAACUAGUAUCAUAUUCUGUAUGUCCUGGAAACUCAUAGGUUCCUCUUGGACCAUUUUGGGGGUUUUCUUUUAAUUUACAAACUUGCAUACUUCAAUCUACAGUACCCAGGGCUCCCUCAAGUUUAUAGAAACCACCUCCUUAUUUUUGGUUGUGCUGUUUUGCUUUCAAACUGAGAGGUACACAGCCACCCACUUCACUUUACCUAACUGGAACUCUAAUGUGCAUAUGAUAACUUGAAAAUUAAAAAGGAUGUUGUCUUCCCUGUUCAAGCACAAAGAUGGCAUAUAUAAAGAACGGAACAUCAUGCAAACUCUUCGACUGAAACCCUUAUGCUACUUAUUCUAGUGAAAAGAAACUCAAGGAGUCAGAAAUUUGAGGUAGAGAAGCAAGGGGGCACAAUCCUUUUCUAGCCCACUGCUUUUCCAUUUCAUCACCUCCUCAAGCCACUCCAGUUGUGCAUCUCCAUACAACAACACAGCUGGGUGUCAGUUAACUAGUUUAACUAAGUUGUACAAAAGGAAUUUGCAGGAUACCUUCUUGGGGAAAGGAGCUAUACAUAUUCAUUUUCACACUUAGGGUAAGUUCACACAAAAUCAGCAUAAUGAAAGUUCACGGGGAGAGUGGGGUAAUGUUGUAAUUAGUUGUGCCUAAUAAGGGGACAACUGAAGGAUCAAAUGUAGACAUUUCUGAGUGCUAUCUUCAGAUAUUUUUCAAAAUGAUUACACACUCACCCUGUUGGUUUGUAACUGGGAACUUGUUGACAAGUGGGAUAUACUUCCCUAAAGCAAAUCAGGUUAGUAAUUUUAUUGAGUUCAUCUAGGAGCAACUUAACAUGUAUAUUACAAUGCUAACUCAGAGAGUCUUCAUACUGAAUCAGUUGGGGUUACUUUGCUGACCUCAAAAAUCAGCAAAGAGGUGAUAUAGUUUUAGGAUUGAUUCAUUAGCAACAAUUUCAAGGCCACACCAUCUGUACACAACGUCCUUUACAGGAACAUAAAUCCUUUUUGAGCCAUCCAGAUUGAUAUACAUUUUUGCCCAAACAUGCACAGCCACUCCAUAUCUUUAUCCUGAGGCAGCAUGCACAAGGAUGUGGAAUGUUGCCAUUGUGGACAAAAACUGUGAGACCUAAUUUUGGAAUUCACAUUUCUGCAUUUUCCAUUACUUUAUAAUGCUGAUCAAAUAAAGUCAGUGCCAAUGCCUUAUGCAAGAACUGUGAUUUCAACAUCUCUCUCAUUUAUUUCAUUUUACUGCAUGCAUUUUACUGCAUGCACAAGUAGAAUUAAUUGGCCACAACCUUGAAGACCUCUACAGACUGAAAGAUAGGAUAAAUAUUUGAAAUAAAUAACAAAAAUAAAAAUGCUCCUGCUAAAACAAAGUAGUUUAAAUCUCACUGAGGUCAAUUGAAAUGACAGGCACAUCCUUAACUGACAUUAAUAGAUCUUUGAAAAGUGAUUAACAGUACAGCCCUUUGUUGGCUUAUUCAUAAUAGAUUCCCAUUGCAUUCAGUGGUGAUUACUCACAAAUAACUAUGCACUGGAUCGUAGCCUUACAGAGCAGAUCGUGCCCUUUAAGUGUUAAAAAUUCCAUGAUAUAUACUUUCAAUAUCACUAUUUUACAAACAACUUCAGUUUCACUGGAUGCUACAAAUACAGCUAGUAUUCCUUGCAGAAUGAGAAUAUCUAAACGUAUUAUCCUCUCAAAUUUGUGGUCUGAUUGAAAAAGUACAACUACACAAAUAAAAAAUGCCAGUGUAAGGAGUUGAAGAAUUAUUGCUGACUUAACAGUAUUUCAAAUGAGAACUCUUGUUAGAGUUAAGGUACUAAAUUUAGGCACUUAAAGAAAAACCAACACAGCUAGCUAGUACCAUAAACAAAGAGUAGUUUGUUUCACCAGAACUCCAUGCACUCUGAGUGUUUAACCUUCAUAAAAUGCACAAAGCACAUGUAAGCUGAUGUGGUGCAUGCUUAUGGCAUCUGACAUGGCCACACUGGAGAAAGGGAAACAAUGUCUGAGCUUAAAAACAAUAGAAGACACUGUGGAGUUUUUGGACUCCUAUUGCCUUUUAUGGCAUUAUAAGAGGGAAGGACUUUCCAUUAUCUCUCAAGAAAAGUAUUUUAGUAAUGCUAGGCUCCUUGCCUGCAUUUGUUUACAAUAAGCUCAGUCAAGUUUAAAGUUCUAUUAACAAAAGAGGAGCUGCAUUUAUACCUAAUUACUGAGAAGUAAAUUGUUUGGUAUUAUCUGAGUCACUGUGAGACAAGUAGCUUUGGGAGCUGCUGAACAAGACUCAUUAACUGUCUGUUUCAAGGCCUACUGCUCCGCACUGCAAGGCGUGUUUACAUAAAAAGACAAAUGUGAAGACGGAUGCCUUGAGUUUUACUGGUACAUCUGUUUGAUGUUAACAUAUGUCAACUACUUUGAUUCUUUUUCUCAUUUAUAUGUAACAGUUCAGUAUUUAGAAAUGGAUCUCUAAAGUGCGGGCCCAAGCCCCAGAAUACUUUAAAUCAGUUCAAUAAAACCUUAACUCCUUGAUCCAAAAGAUAUGGAUUAUCAGAGCAAGUUCUAAAAUCAAUGGCCCUAAAGGAGCUUAGGUUAACCAUUUUUAAGGUAACUGGCUUGAGGGUAUCUUGAACUACCCAUGUGCAAACCGUAAGAAAUAUACAUGGGAGUCAAAUUAUUUUGUUUGAGAAACAAAACACCAAACCGUAGCAUUUUAUAACAAAGUACAGGAUACAUAUGCAUUUUUGAUAACACUAUGUGAAGACAAAUUUAAAACGGAACAGUGCAAACACAGUAAAUGCACAGUAAAUGGAAGUGUGAACACAGCCACAGUUACAGUUUUAAGAAUACAUUUAUCUCAGGUUGAAUGUCUGCAUGCACUCCAAAUACCGGUAAAUGAAGUUGAGCUCCUGCAUAAUCAGACUUUCCCUAUACAUUUCAAUGGAAGGAACAAGCUCUGUGUGAGCAUCUCUUUGCACAUCCAGAACUGAACCCUUAUUUGAAGUGAGUGCUGGAACACCUGAAGAUUGAGUGGGAUCCAUGUAUACCAUGGACAAGGAACCUGCAGCCCUUCAGAAGAUGCAGUUCCUGUCAUUCCAGGUCUUUGGCUACAUGGUGGGGCUGAAUGAAGUUAUAGCUCAACAACAUCUGGAGGGCUGCAGGUUCCCCAUGUUGUACACAUUAAAGGAAGCCACACCUUCAAAGAAUAAUUGCAUCAAGGCAAUAGUGUCUACCAUACAUUGUAUAGUUUUAACUUUUCACUAUCGGGAGCUUUUAAUGACAACUUAUUGGACUUUUCUAAGUAAAGGUAUUUACGGAUGAGGGACUUAUUUCCUAGUGGCUCAGGCUAUCAUUUUAAGAGAAUUGUACUGAAUCCUUAGGAAAAUGAUACAGGACAGAUCUAUGUUUUUCAAGAUGAAGAUGUACAUAUUUUUUUAAAAAAAAUUCUUUAGCUAUGCCAAUUUCCCAUCAGUUUGUGACAAGACAGCAUGAUCAUUCAAAAAUAGCUUUCAAAUUAAACAAUAAAUCUUUUUGGAAUUGAUUUUCUAGCAGCGUAGAGUUUUAAACAGACCAUAGCAAAACAGAGUAGCCUAGUCAAUCAGGUAAAGACUUCACAAGGAAGAGACAGAAGGGGCUACUACCACCUGUUUAUCUAGAGAAGUGAUGUCAUAAUCAAAAAGCUAUCUGUGGUUACCCAAACCAAAUACAGUAAGACAACCCUCUGGAAGGUUUCAAGCAAAUGUAGAACCUCAGGGCAGAUAAUCCAGACAAGCUAAGUAUAGAAGUGGAUUGAACUGCAGCCCAAUCGUCAACAUACUGCACUGCUUGUUUGAAGGCCACCAAAAUAAAUGCAACUAAGGCAAAAAGAGCAGUUUGUGGAUUAAUCAAAGCAUGCUAAGAGACAGUUAAGCACAUCAAUGCAAGAAGCAAAAUAUUUCCUUAUCUAAUAACUGUGAGAAGCUGGAUUUACAGAUUAGGCAAUUGACAAGUAGAUUACAAUAUUGUCAUGUUUCACAAAAAAGCUUUAUCAAGCAAUGAUGCUUCCAAACAAUAGCUCUCUCUCUCUUUUGAGAACCAGGAUACACACAUCAGUAAGAACCACACAUUAGUAAGGCAGACAACUUUUAUUCCCUAGUAGGGUUGGUGAGCCUUUACUAAUGGCAUGACAGGUAGAAAUCCAACAUGGGUACGCAUAAAAAAUUUUAGCACAUCAAAAGCUUUUUCAGUCACACUAGCUUUUCACAUACGAGGGGCGAAUUAUGUAGACAAGGAAUCUCCUAUCUGAAAUCUGAACUGGUACAUUCUAGGAAAGGCUGAACCAGAUGAGAUUUCUAAAUGCCCUGUGCUGUGCAGGGCAUUGUACAGAAACUGUAACAUACCAGAAAUUACCCCUAAGUGUUCUCCAUGGCAAAAUUAUAAUUUAAAAAAAUACAUCCCCGAAGUGAGACUAUAUUCUCUGUUUGGUCACUUUGUGACAAUGCCACAAGAGUUUGGAAACAGUUGUCUGAAAUCUUUAUUUCUUGCUACAAUUAGAAUCCCACCUUUCCACCAAGGAGUUCAAGGUGGUGUACAUGCUUCUCCUCCUCUCCAUUUUAUCCUCACAACAGCCCUGUGUGGUAGGUAAGACUGAGAAAUAGUGAUUGGUCACCCAGUGGACUCGAUGGCUAAGUGGAGAUUUAAACCCUGGACUCCCAGCUUCUAGCCUGACACUCUAAACACUGUGGAACACUGGAAUGUGCUGAGGAGGAGAUCAGGUCUGGAACUUCCAAAACCCUUAGCAUUUGCUCAAGCCAAUAUAUCACUUGCUAAACUCUGUAUCAGACAUACUUCAUGUCUGGUAUUUUUUGAAGAGAGAAAUAUUUAUGGAAUUCUUCAGCCUUCUAGAAAAGGCUUGCACAGUUUAACAUUCUCUUUCACAAGGAGAGGUGUAGAAACCAUAGGAAGGAGUGGUUCAUGGCAGAAACUAGUCCCAAGGUUGCCAGGCCGCAACCAUCACCCACACCAGACUUGAGUGAACAAUGUUUGCUAUUUCCUCUGUUUUGUAAUUAUGACAAAUUUCAAAAGUAUUAAGCCAACCACAAAACCUGUUACAUGCAUAAAACUGGAUAAAGCACAACAAAUUAUAUAACCUGUGUGCCAACCAUCAUCACCCCAUCCAUAUGCAAAGCAGAUAAAGAAAAUAUUAGAGAGCAAGUUUCUGUUUUAUACAUCCAUACUGCUAAACAAUGGCAUUAUAACUCAUAUAAAACACUGAGAAAUCUGUAUUACCAUUGCAGACAGACUUGCUGACUCAUGGUCCCUUGCUGCACAUUCCAUGUCAUGCAACAUAAUGUAGAUGACAGUUGUCUGUCCUCACUGGCAGCACCAAAACUCUUCUGAACAUAAGCUUGUUUUAGUAUUUUAACUCUUCGCAUGUUUUAAACUAUUGCCGUAUAAUUUUAUUGAGUUUUUUUUGUAAACAGCUUUGUUUUUUCUACAAUCAACAGUGUAUAAAUUUUAUGAAAUAAAUAAAUAAAUGCUAAAAUAUCAGCUAGCACCAAAAUAAUAAUAAAAAAUAGAAGCUAAUGCUUACAUGCCUGUCACAAUGAGUCACAGACCAACUACAGCUCAUACUCGAAAUUAAGUGAAGGUUCACCACCUCCCUUAUUUGUGUCAAAAUAAGUUGCACUGAAAUCAAUACUUCUUAUGUGGAAACAGGUCUACUUAUCAUUUAAAAGAAACAUCUUGUGUUUCUUUCAGAUCACUCCAGGAAGCAAAGCUUCACAAGCCAAUUUGUGCCCUGGUGACAUCAUUAUAGCUAUUGAUGGCUAUGGCACAGAGAACAUGACUCACAAUGAUGCCCAAGAGAGAAUUAAAGCAGCAUCACACCAACUCUGUCUGAAAAUUGAGAGGUAAGAUUUUGCCAUAUGCUUGGAGUACAAUACAGUGGUACCUUGGGUUACAGACGCUUCAGGUUACAGACACUUCAGCUUACAGACUCCGCUAACCCAGAAAUAGUACCUCGGGUUAAGAACUUUGCUUCAGGAUGAGAACAGAAAUCGCACGGUGGUGGUGCAGCGGCAGUGUAAGGCCCCAUUAGCUAAAGCGGUACCUCAGGUUAAGAACAGUUUCAGGUUAAGAACGGAUCUCCAGAACGAAUUAAGUUCUUAACCUGAGGCACCACUGUAAUGGAUUCAAUAUUUCCCAUCUAAAUUAAAGUUUGCCAUUAUCUGAUGAUUACAAACAUUCAUAGCCAUGGAUCCAAUAAAUUUCUGGGCACAACCUCCUAGAUGUUCUUGGCAUGAUAAUGUGGCAAGAUUGCCAUGACAAUUCCUAGUCCUGUUUCCCUUGGUGUAAUAUAUCUUCUGCAGCUUCUCAGACUAUUUUCUACUAAAUAGUCCCACUGUUAAACAGCACUGCUCCUUACAGGUUCGAAACAAAAUAGUACUCAGUUUGGCCUUAAGUUUGGCCUUACACAAUGGAAUGAGGCUGUCUCCUAGGCCACCCAUCAGUGGGUGAUUUGAGAGCAAGAAAUGGUAGUCAAGGGGCCAAUCAGGCAGAAGCAAGCAAAGUAAAGACAGGGAGAAAGCAUGAGCACAGAAUAACCUGCUGCUCAAGAGUGAGCUGGAAUUGGAUUGUGCAAUGUUUAGUUAGUCAGGGCCCUGCAGGGCUCAACAAGAGGAGUGUGAGACUGCAGAAACUGGAGACAGUAGCUGGAUAAGAUAACAAGGAAUUCAGCAAGGGAGUAUGACUCUGAGGUAUAAGGAAAGUUGUCUCCAGGCCCAAGGCUGCUGGUUCAAAUUCCAGUAUGCUAUUGUCUAUGGAAACUUGGGGCAUUGCUUCUUCUCACAGACACCAAAGCAACCAAAUUCUAAAUCCUAGCUCAAUUUGCAGUAAAGGGCAAAAGUUUGCAUUUUGCCUAAUUGCAUUGUAAGAUAUAGCCCACCCAUUCUAUUCUUGAUGUUACCAUUGUCCUUACAUGCUUCAGCUUUUCCACUGUACACAUUCUUACCAAGCACAACCUUUUCUUUUAAAAAAAAACCCAAAACAGGUUGAUUGUAUCCAUUUUAUGUUUUGUUUAAAAAAACACUCUUUGGAUUCAGAAGUGGCUCACCAGUUGGGACGCAGCCACUUUGCUAGCUUCCUGGUAGGUGUGUUGCUGUUGCUUACUGGGAGGGACAAGGCAGUGGGGAGGUUGGUGUGGUGCAAACACACCAGAUUAGUGCCAACAUCCCCACUGCCUCUCCCCUCCUCUCCCUCUGAGUAAGCAACAGCAGCCCAUCUGCUAAGAAGCUGGUAUAGUGGUUCCACCCCACCCAGCAAGUCACUCCUGCCUGUAUUGUUAUGGGGUGCUCCCAGAUAGAUAUUUAUUGGGGGAUCAGUGCUGCUUAGGCAAAGUUUUUCACAGCAUCCAUACACAUUGAUUUCAAAAUGCCAGCUUGCAUCCCACCACAUUUAAUUUAGAUUUACCCUGUCUGAGAUAAUUCUGUUAAGUUGACAUAACUUGUUGCCAAUGACCUAUUUGCAAUAUUAAAUCCCCAUUUGGAAGCAUCCUUAGACUUUCACAAUUCCUCUUAUCUUUCUUUUGCCACAAGUAAGCCCACAAGCAUUAUCUGAAAUUUUCCCUGCUCAACAAAAACUAAAGGACCACUGUUCUAUUUUUCUUUAGUUACCAAUUCAGUAUUGUCUACUUUUCAUAAGAUAAUAUACAAAUAAACAGUUAACUUAUUUAAAAGAUAAGUUUUCAUGUUGUGAUAAAUGGGAGACAAAAGCUUUGGGGGCUUUAGGAUUGCAUAACACAAUGAAUGCAGAUGUGCUAUAUUAAGGAUUCUUCAUUUUUCACCCUACAGGGCAGAAACAAGAAUGUGGUCUCCGCAAAUAACAGAAGAUGGUAGUCCACAUCCAUUCAAAGUAAACUUGGAAGCUGAACCACAGGUAGCAAAUCGCUUUAAAUCAGCAGCAUUCCCAUUGUAUUUUGCAGCAGCUUACUUAUAUUUUUAUUAUGUUUCCCAAUGUCUAAUUAACCUCCUGUUAAACAUAAGAUAUCUUAAAGCAGUACAUCCCUAUACUUUUGUAUGAAAAACCAUUGGAAGCUGUAAGAUUCUUACAUCUGUUCUGGACAUGAUCUUGAGCCAUUAAAUUCUUAAUACCUCACAUGUUCCAGAGCCGAGUCCUGACACUGAAAACAGCUUCUAGGGAAAGGCCCCAAGGACCCCUGGUUAAAUUUACCCAUCCUCACUCACCUGAGUAUCACACCUAACCCAAAUAAGUCUACUGUCUUAACCCAAGCCACAUCUGCAUCAUACAUUACUGUAUAUCACUUGAACAGCCAUGGCUUCUCCCAGAGAAUCCUAUGAAUUGUAGUUUGUUAAGGGAGAAUUGUUCGGUGACCCCCUGCCCUCACAGGGCUACAAUUCCCAGAGUUUCCUGGGAAGAGGGACUUAUUGUUAAACCACACUGGGAAUUGUAGCUCUGUGGGGAGAACAGGGGUCUCCUAACAGCAGCCUUAACAAGCUACAAUUCCCAGGAUUAUUUGGGAGAAGCCAUGACUGUUAGUGGUAUAAUAGUACUUUAAAUGUAUAAUGUGGAUGUGUCCCCAAAUUGAAAUUUUAAAGUCUCAGAAUUCUGAGGGAGUCUUAUCUUCCUUGGUCAGGCAGAAACCCUCUACUGUAUCCUCAGCCUGGUUGAUUUACAGCCAUCCUGGAUGUAACACUGAUGAUGUAACUUUCUUAACAAUGCAUGCUUAUGGUUAGUUAGUGUGUGACACUAAACGGAUUACCCAUUCGGGUAGUCAUUAUUCUAGAUGAACUGAUCUACUUCAGAACUUGUGAUAUCUGUUAGGGGCACACCACACAGUGAGCUCGAAUAGUAAUAAUAUUUGGAAACUAAGGCAUGCAUAAUAGAAAUACUGCAUUGUUUGAAAUCUCAGUAACAAAAUAAUAUGUCAAAAUCAAAAAUACUGAAUUCAUUUUACAAUGCUGAAAAUGGUCUUUUCAAACCACACAUUUUAACCUAUACAAUGCCAUCCUGAUAAACAGGCCAACUGGUUUGUUUGAGAAUACUCUUCUGCUGCUUGUAAAAUUCAAACAGUGUCCACCAUUUAGAGCUAUCUGUGUGAUUAUGCCCCUAACAGCUUUGUUGGGACUUAUAAAUUAUGUGCAGUGAUUACUAUUUAAAUUUGGUCUUGAGUUCUCAGUGAAUUUAUCAGACAAAUCAGCCAAAUUUUAGAGGUUUAUUCAUACAAUAAAUGCAAAAGCUGGACUGUUAUUUUUUCUGUUGCUUGCUUUGCCAUUUACACUUUGCGGACAUGGUGAUAUUUCUAGAAACUAAAAUUAACUCAAACUCAUUGCAGCAAUGAUAUACUUUUACAGUAAGACAUUACAAAUAUGAUGUUGUUAUAAUAUGCACUCUUUCUGCACUUCCAUCUGUAAACUAAUCCCAGUUAAAAACUAGUUGAUGAUAUAUUUAUCAAAGUUAAUUUACAUAUAACAUGGUUUCUGACUAUAUAGGAUUUACUUGCAUUCUUAGAAAUGCACCUUGAUUCCACAAGCACAUUUACUUGGAAGUAGUCCCCACUGAUAGUAUAAACCUUUGCAUUUAUCAACCAUCCCAUUAGGUUGAUAUACCAAACAAGUGGAAAUCUUGCUCAACCUGUCUGGCUUUUGAGAUAUUAACAAUUAUUUCCCUCAUAUUUUUAAGAAUAUUUUCUCAGCUAUAUGAACGAAGGGUGGGUGUUUGAAUAAAAAAAUACAACUGCAGCUUUUAUUGUUAGGAUACUGAUGGGCUAAAUAUGGCAUGCUAUGGGUUUGCUGCAUUUGCUUCUAGCUACAGAAUGUGCACAGCUGAAACAUGUGGCUGAGUUUACAAGAUAUUUCAAUGCCAGGUGUGCCCACACUAUUUAAAGAUUAGUUUACUAAAUCAACCAAAAUGACUCAAGCAAGUGAAUAGCCUCACUUAAGUAGGCUGUAGAUCUAGGCUUUUGGUUUCAGUGGCACAUUUGUCCUUUGACUUCAGUGAUAUUGGAAGCAUUCUAUUUAGAACUCCACACUAUGGUGUUUGCUUAUAUGCUGGGUCUUUUUCCGUUUAGUCUUGUCUACUUUUAGAACACUGAUCUAGCGUGCGCGCACACACGCACGCACACAUAUAUGUACCUAUUAUGUGUCCAUGUCUUUUUUACUGAAGGUUAAGCUGAUUUAUGGCUGUGAGACUUUUCGAGCAAAUAUGCCUAGACGUUAAUACAUGUGGAAAAUAGAUGCAUUAAAAAAAAUAUUAAAUGGCUAUUUAGCCUUUUCAUUUCAAAAAUUGCUGUGGGCUCUGCCAGACAGCUUCUUUAUUUAGCAUUAAUCUUGACUUGCUUGCACAAAGCUUAUGCAAAAGUUAAGAUUAUAUCUGGUCUUUAUGGAGCAUUUGUUCUGAUGCGUUUGUGGGAGGAGAUACAACAGGGGUCAGCAAACGUUUUCAGCAGGGGGCCGGUUCACUGUCCCUCCGAACUUGUGGGGGGACGGACUAUAUUUUUUGGGGGGAAAUAUGAAUUCCUAUCCCCCACAAAUAUCCCAGAGAUGCAUUUUAAAUAAAAAACACACAUUCUACUCAUGUAAAAACACCAGGCAGGCCCCACAAAUCACCCAGAGAUGCAUUUUAAUUAAAAGGACACAUUCUACUCAUGUAAAAACACGCUGAUUCCUGGACCGUUUUUGGCCAGAUUUAGAAGGCGAUUGGGCCGGAUCUGGCCCCCGGGCCUAAGUUUGCCUACCUAUGAUAUACAACAAGGAGCAUUCAUCUUGAUUUGCUUACAGGGUGUUUAUACAUCUUCCUGUGAAUCAUUUGCUUAUUCCAUGCUAUUUGCCUAUCACUUUCCAAACUGAAAAAAUCAGAUUUUUUUUUUAAUGGCUUUGUUGUGCUAGAGUACUUUGAUCCACACUAAUUGCACAAACCUAAAUUUCCUGGAAUGUGCUUGAAUCCCUCCUGCAAAAUAUUAUUAGGAUUGUUUCAACAGUAGCCUCUAAGUGGUAAACAAUGUUACAAAAAAUUCAAUAAGCACAAAUCUGGUUAAAACAUAAAAUCAGAAAAUCUUAGUAUUAAAAUGCCUGCUAAAAUAAGAAGUACCAGAAGUCAAACAGAGAGGCGGACUGUUUGAUCCCAGCCAGAAGCAUAUUCUGCAGAAUUGGACCCACAAUACUGAAUGCAUAGUUACGAACUGUGCAUGUGAGCUAUGGGGGAUCACUAACAGUGACUCCCCCAAAUACCUCAGCAAUUAGGCAGGGAUAUAAGAAAUUAGUGGUCCUUGAAAUAUCUGACCCCAAUUGUUGUCUUGUAAUUGUUGGGAUUUGAUUAGAGGCUAGGAGAGGAUAUAUUUAUUAGAUUUUAUCCUUCCUCACAUUGUGGAGUUGAGCAGAGUGCCAUUCCUUUGCCACUUAAAAGGGAGCUUGUAUAAGCUAGUUUUAGCCUUUUAGUAUUAACAAACCAGGGUGCUUUAAGGCAGACUGGAUUUUCCUGAUAUUACCCACCUUUCCCUCCCCCUCAAAUAAUAACCACACAAUAGGUUUUCUGGCAAAGUGAAAAUAACAUUUACUCACUCAGUCUACGUCUUCAAGAACAGCAGUUAUGGCAGCAAAAUGUAGGCAGGCUUAAAAUGCUAUUUAAGUUACUAAGAGACAUUAAAGUCUAGCUUAGAGAUGGAGUCUGAGCUGGAGGUUACAGGUAUUGUAAGAAAAAAGGGUGUGCCCAGGAAGGGAGGAGCAUACUAAGUUAUACCUCUUCCUGUCAGGACACAAAAGGGAAGUGAUCUCACAGACUUCUCUAGUAAGAACCGUAGGAAAACUCUAUGAGCUUCAGCCCCUAUUAUGUGCCUUGCUAGAAAAACAUGAAUUUUUGAUUUGACGGCUAUAAAUAUCCUGCAGUAAUUAAUACAAGAACCUUGAACCUGGCCCAGUAAUAUAUGGAUAGCCAGCGCAAGCUUUUAAGCACUAGAGUCAUGCGCUGGUGGUAGUUUGGCCCUACUGGCAAUCCAGCUGCAGCAUUUUGCACCAGCUGGAGCUUCCAGACUGGGCCCAAUGUUGACUCCACAGAGAGCACUGCAAUAAUCGAAGUCUUAAAGUUACCAAUGCCUUGUAGCCAGGGCAAGCUAUCCAUGUCCAAGACUGACUGAAAGUAUCCUUUCACAGUUUAAUCUGAAACAUGUUUACUCUGACAUAAAUCCUACUGAUUUAAAUGGGACCUACUCCCAAAUUAAAUAUGCAUAGGAUUGCAGGUUUCUGUUAUUUAAUCUGAGACAGAGAACCCCCUCCCCAAUCCCUGAUAACGUCUAGCAAUCCAAACUAUGUCAUUACAUGUGUAAUGCAGAGUUUUGCCAAUCCCAUGUCCCUUUAUUGGAUGCAAUUUGCAGGGACAAAUAAAUUUCAAUGACAAUGUGAGUUGACUCAUAUUGGGACUCCUAGAAGUUACUGGGGAAGACAGAAGGCAUGGUGGCUGCUAAUUUUGACUGCACCUCUUACGUAAUAUCUAAAGGUGAAGGUACCCCUGCCCGUACAGGCCAGUCGUGUCCGACUCUAGGGUUGUGCGCCCAUCUCACUUAAGAGGCCGGGGGCCAGCGCUGUCUGGAGACACUUCCGGGUCACGUGGCCAGCGUGAUGAAGCUGCUCUGGCGAGCCAGCACCAGCGCAGCACACGGAAACGCCGUUUACCUUCCCGCUAUAAAGCGGUACCUAUUUAUCUACUUGCACUUAGGGGUGCUUUCGAACUACUAGGUGGGCAGGAGCUGGGACCGAAAGAUGGGAGCUCACCCCGCCGCGGGGAUUCGAACCGACCAUACGAUCGGCAGGUCCUAGGCACUGAGGUUUUACCAACAGCGCCACCCGCGUCCCUCUAUGUAAUAUCUAAUUACGGCCAUAUUUAAGCUACACAGCCAAAUUUACAGUUUCUUCUACAAAAAUUAGCAAUGACAUGUUAUUGUCUAUAAGUAUAUAUCCUCCCUAUACUCCUCCAUAUAUUUUCUAUGGUGAAACACAGGAUGCUUGCUUAGUAGUUUGCAGCAAGAUGCGUUUCAUUAAUAAGUAGCAGCAUUGCCAAUUGUGCUUGUUAUUGGCUUUAAUGUGCAUUGUAGCUUUGUGUAUUUUGUCUGCCUGUUGUGCACAGGAAUUCAAGCCCAUUGGUACAGCUCACAACAGAAGGGCCCAGCCUUUUGUUGCAGCAGCAAACCUCGAUAACAAAAGACAGGUGGUGAGCUCUGCCUAUAACUCUCCCAUUGGGCUGUAUUCAUCUGGCAAUAUACAUGAUGCUCUUCAUGGACAGCUACGGGGCCUUAUCCCCAAUUCACCUGCAAAGUAAGUAAGAUGCUCUAAGAUGGUCUUUUGCUGCAACAUCUGUUUAACUGGCUUCAUGGUCUCAAGUCCAGCUCUUGCUAUUCUUUUUUCUUUCUUUCCUGAUGCUCAAAAUAUACAAAGUGUUAUUCAAAAAAUUUACCUCUAAAAUGAAUCUUCAAAUAAGCAAGACCAAUAUUAUAGACGUUUCUCUUUCAGAGGGUUGGCUACACAAGACAUUAUUAUUAUUAAGCACAUUCCAGCCAAAGCUAAAUACUGAAGGCACAUCCUAUGUGCAUGCACACACAAGAUGCACACAGGAGCAAGCCCCAUUGGUUUGACUUACUUCUGAGUAAACAUGGAUAGGAUCAGACUGCAAGUCUUAUUGAUUGCAACAGGCAAUAUAGAAAAAUGGUGUGCAGCCUCAUCCUAUGUGUACACUGUGUUCAAUGGGACAUAUUCCAAAGUACGUGAGUUUAGGCUUGUAGCCUAAAAAGUUAACUUUGGCUUGAUUGUUCCUAUUGUUCUCUUUUUCUCACAAUAACAUCAGAUGUAUUAAUGUUACUACUAUAUAACUUACAACUCAAUAAUUUACAACAUGUAUGUUAACUAAUCUUUUCUGGAAGCAAAUAUGCUUGCUUAAGUUAAAAACAACAACAACCCUGUAUUUCCUUUUCUUCUUCUUCUCCAGGACUUGGGCUACUUUGAACACAAGCAUAACAUUCGGCCCAAACCUUUCAUAGUCUCAGGCCCAAGCAGGUUAUAACUUCUCUGUGUAAUCUGUAACUGGGUGCAUGGUGUUUUGUUUUUUAAUGAAAACAGUAACAAUGCUAUUUCAGUAUGUUGUAAAGCCUUCUAAUGAAUAAACGCUUGCUUUGCAGCACCUAUAAAUCUGAGAUCAAAUGCCAUCAAAUGCCAAAAGACACACCUGUUUCAUUUGUCAUGGAGAAUAGUAGUGAAAGGGCACACUUUUUGUGCAAUUAUUGAUCAAAGUCACAACAAUCUGCCAAGCAGUAAUACGCCUGCAAUCAGGUUAAUUUCAACUAAACCUACAUCAGAGAAUUGUUUGGUGCAUUAGAGAUCAAAACUGAAAUAUCACACGUAACAUUACUUAUAGGGCUUUAAAAUAUGUAGUAACGUACAUACAAACAAACUACACCACCACUAUAAUGUUGAGCUAGAAGGGAGAAUGAGAAAAGGAGGGAAGGACCUCAUAUGGAACCUCCACGGGCUAAGGCUAUCCAGUGUACAUCCAAGGACGCCAGUAGAUAAGAACAAGAUGGCACUCUUAUGAAAUAGAGCAGGGAUAGUUUGAUAGGGAUGUUUCUGUCCUUUAUGGAAUGCUGAAUGACCAUUCUUAUACAAUUCUUCAAUGCAGGAUGUGAUUUGAGGGUUGAAAAUGGAGUGCUACAUAUGUUUAUGUCCUGCAGGGAGCUGACCAUUUUGCAGUUAAUGUGUCAUUAACAAAUUGCACAUCGGUACUCUCAUUUUCUAUUUCAUAGGCAAAUGAUACUAUUUUGUUUAUUUGGUUAGAUUGUUUUGCACAUCGCCUUUCAUCUGAAAAUCUUAGGAGUGGGUAGCAGUUAAAUUCAGUAAAAUACAGUUCACAUCCGUACAUACCAUUAAAAACACAAUAAAAGCAAAAUAAGUUACUAAAUGUCAGUGACCAUUCCCCCAAAUCUAGAUAAAAAAGCUACCUUUUGAGCUUUUUAGAGUAAGUGCCAACUGAAUUUCAAGGGACAGGGAGUUUCAAAGCCAGGGUGCCACCACAGAAGCUGGCAUGCACAUCACCAUGCCUAGUGCUGAAGCACUAAUUGCGGGGCAGGGGCUGGUGCACAAUUCGACUGCUGGGCAGAAGUCCAGGAGACCAACAUCAGGUGGAGUGAGAUAUGAUGACAGGUGGAACCACCUUCUGACUUUUUGUAGGCAAGAAGGCAGGCAGAGUGCCUCACUUGUAGUUUUAUAAAACAUUUAAUGCGUCACCACGAAUAGAAGUUAUUAAUAUUGCAGUUGCUGUAUAAGGGAUUAUUAUUAUGACCAGAAUGUAAUUGAAAUUAAUAAGAUUUUGGAAUGCAAAAAUAAAGAAAAUCAUCAAACCAUCAAUUCUAGCAUGCGGGGGGCCACCUUAUCUAAAUUAUAUAAUUCAGUAUUUAAACGAUUGGAAUUGGUAAUUGUAGUAUAAAUUGGUAUUGUUAUAACGAGGCUAUUAUUGGAUUGCAAUUGAAAACUAAUAAAAAUUAUUAUCAAGACAGGCAGGCAGAGAGAGACUGGCUGAGAUCAGUGUGAGGUUGUUGGGGCAGUACCCCGUGUGCCCUAGGACCAGCGCCAACAGGCAAUAGCUAAGGCCUCCCUCGCCAAUCUCCCAAGUUGUGUUGUAAGAAUAAGUUGUGUUGUGUUGCAGAGUAUAUAGUUCCAUGCUGAGCAUAAUUUUUGAGUUUACAUAGCAACAUAAAAUAUCAGCUGGUGGGCAUCUGAAAUAUUUUGCUAAAUGCACUCCUUCUCCUGCAGCACUCGUGGGCAGUGCCCUAUUGCUUCUAACAAUACCUGGCUGUUAACAGUGCACUUCAGCUUCUGGAGUUAACAGCAUCAUUAUUGACAAGCUUUGCUCAUGCUUUCCAAACAUGGAUCCUGGUUUUAUUUCUGAGUAACAGUGUGUGGCUGUAUGGCUAUCCCCUUGUAUGGAUAUUUAGCUUGAGUGAUCUGGCAACUGUAAAGUUUCUUACUUGCUUUGGCACAUGUGCAGCUCUUCUGGAAUUCUUUGUCUUGCCUUUGAUGGUAAGGAAUGCACUUUUCUUAAGGCAGUUGACAACAUGGUCCUACUUAAAUUCCACAUGGCAUCCCUGAGGGAAGUUAGUUCAGUGAAAAAGGAUCCAUGAUGUAGACAAAGCUGCCAUUUAGCUGUGGGUGAUAUUUCCCUUUUUAUAAUAUUUGUGACAAUAAACACCUGAAAUUCAGAGAAAGAUGACAAAUAAUGAAUAUUGUGAAUGUCUGAAAACUCAAAGAGGUAUCAGUAGAUGCAGCAAAUAAUCUACAUAUGAUUGCCAUCAGUCACUAAAAGUGGUGAAUCAGAAAUCUGGUUUCAAUGUUCCCAAAAUUUGGCAUUGUGAAUGUUCACCAAAUUCAGGACAUUAAGGUUCCAGUCCAAUAAUUUUACACCCUUACAGUCUGGGAGGCAGUAAUAUGCACUGAAACCAGUGGUCUUACUUUUGAAAAAGGCAUAGGACUGUUCUGUAAGGCUGCUGUCCUUUGCACACAUGCAGAGUAUAAUUUCUUUCUGACGUAGCAUGUUUAGUAGGAUUAUGCUGCUGUAGUAUUUACAUAUUAGUCCUACAGCAUGUUUAUCCAUAAUUAAAACCUUAUUAUUUCUGUUAUAUUUCUGCUAAAUAAGUCCACAUCCUUAGAGUAGUUUCACAUAUCUUAAGAAAUGUUAGAGUUGUCAAUAGAGGAUGUGCAGCUGAACUGUCUGUUCACUCCCCACAGUUCCCGUCUAACAACUAAAAAGAGCACUUACACACCUCUCGUUCCCUGCUAUGGGCGCCCCAUGGGCAUCUCACCAUGGGAGAAAUGUACAAGUUGCCCAUUUAUUUCUUGCCAAUUGCCUCCUGCAAUAUUCAAAGUUACCCCUAAGCUCCCAUUUUAAAUUAACUGUAGGUGAUCAAGGGGGUUUCCAUCUGUCUUAGUAAACCAUGCUUAGGAGGCAAAUCAUGCCAUAUAACUAUUAUAGGGCUUGUUCACAGCUGAGCAUUAUUUAGCUAGUAAUCCACUCCCAUCCCAUUCGAAUUAGACUCAAGUAGUCCACCCCACAUAUAUCUGAAUUUGUGCAUAAAAAUUUAUUAAAUAAUAACAAUAAAUAAUAAAUACAUUAGGAGCAACUUGAGUCUUUCCUGUGUUUUUCCUCAGCUUCUCAUUUGUUGAUUCUAUUGGUAAUGUUCCAAUGGCUUUUAAAUAGGUAAAGAAUGCACAGCUUUUCCUACCACAGUGAGAUUUGUGUCACAUAGCAAUUCUGAACCAAGAAAAAAAUAUGUGGUCAACUGCUAAUACAUUCCUAGUCUAUGUAGUUUGUGUCUUGGACCAUUGAAUAUUUAAAAUUGAGGACUCUAAAUUAAAAACUGACAAAGAAUGCAUGCUUUUGUAAUCCAAAACGAAUGCAAGAAGAAAAUCUGACACGUCUGAUUAUUUCUGUGGCAUCAAAGACUAAAUAAUUAACAGAUCUUCAGACCUGCUGUAUUAGCAUACUGGUGCUUGGGAUGACUUGUGGUGCCAUUACCUCAAUGUGUUCUUAGGAAACAGAUUCCACUAGUGCUGUUGCAAUGCUGUGGAAGCAUCAUAGUUAUGCAUUGGCACAAUACUGGAAAUAUCAGUAUUAUCUCACGAAGUUGUUAUUUUAUACAUACGAUUGGCAAGAGAAGUUUUAACUUCCAAAAUUUCUUCUGAUUCUGAUUUACUGUUCGAAUCUGGCCAUUAACCUGUGCCAUCCUUGAUGUAAUUAUGUGCUGAAGGAGGUAGUAUGAGACAAACAAACAUUUGAUGAACUAUAAAACUUAGAAGUUUUGCAUAAUAGUUGUGAUCUCUUUAAAAUUAUGGCAGAUUAUACUCAGUAGAAAAAUACACAAAAGUUGUGUUUCAUAAAAUUUGUUUUUUCUUGCAUUUGAUUCUUUUGGGCACUUUUGUCACUCUGGAGAAUACUUCUGCUCCCUGUUAUUCAUCUUCUUUUCCUCUCUGGUUUGCAUCACGUAUUUUUGUGUACUGGUUUUUGGCACAGUGUUUGCAGUACUCCUUCCGGUAUUGACGGCGGCAGCGGACGUAGCACACCCUCUUCAGUUAGCACUGUUAGCACUAUCUGUCCUACCGAAUUGAAAGCUGCAGCUAAGAUGGCCCCCAACAUUCCUUUAGAAAUGGAACUGCCUGGUGUCAAGAUUGUACAUGCUCAGUUUAACACACCUAUGCAAUUGUAUUCAGAUGACAAUAUUAUGGAAACACUGCAGGGGCAGGUUUCUACAGCACUGGGGGAAGCCACCCCGAUAAGGUAAUCCAAGCCACAAUGUAUGGUUAGCUUAUUUCUAAGGCAUGAAUAGUGCUGCCAUUAUUGUUGCUUCAUUAGUCGUUAAGGCUUUUAAAUAUAUCUAAACCAUGCCAAUUUGAAAGUCAAUGUGAAAUUCUGAAAGUCAAUGCCUAUUUAGUCAUCAAUUUCAGUGGGAUAAAGACUGCCACCUUGGUGAAAAUGUUCUAUGGAAGAUGGACAGAUGGACAAAAUGUAGCCUAAAUUGAGAAUUAUUAGGAAAACUACUGUGUCAUGCCAGGGAGAUUAAAAAUGAAGUUUGGUUAGGUUUCAUAUAAAUGUUUUUAGGUUUGUGAAAAUUUUAUGCAUUCUAACUUGUGUUUAAAUUAGGGGCAAAUGCUUGAAAGAAAAUAUUGUGACUUCCUAGGGAAAUGAAGAGUUUUAAGUUUGGUUAAGUUUUUAUAUAACUUUAUACAAUUUGUGUAAAUGUUACUUUGAUAUGGGUAUGUAGCUCCCCUUAUGUGUCCAGCUCCUACUUUGUGUUAGUUUGACAAUUAGAGACUUGAUAACAAAUCUCAAUCUAUAUGCACUCAGCUUGUAAACAGUCACAAGAGUCCCAUAAUUGAUGUCAACAGGAAAUGAGACAUUCAGAUAAAUUGCCCUAUAUAUAAAUUACAUUUACAUUAAAGUAUAUAGCAAUUGUCCUGCUAAUCUGCUGGAAAUUGGGCAUCUCUAAACUUUUAGAAUUUUGUGUGCACUCACAAAGUAGCUACAUUUUCUGGACAGUGAUUCCCUGGGGUGUUCAUUAAGUGAACUGACUUUACCCAUACUGCACUCCUGGACUAAAUAUUUAUUUAUCAUAUUACAAGUACUGGCAAGCAUGCUUUUGGGAACCAUUCCAGUAAAAAAAAGCUUUGAGUUGUUUUUGUUGAUGGGGUUCAUUUUCACCAAGUAUGAACUUGGAAAUGCCAUAUUAUUCCCUAGGGGUAUUUUGUGUCUGGUAACUAAUAGAAGCUUUAACCCUUCUUGUGGGAUGCUCCAGUUGCCUAUAAGACGAUUAUUAGAAAUCAAGAGUUAAAUCUAAAGUGAUUAAGCUUUAAUUUCCUUUGGAAACUGGUAAACUUCAUUUUCUGAGCUUUAUAUUUGUUCUCUGCGUAGAUUUUCUUUUGCACAUUGCUAGAAUGGAACAUUAUCUGACUUCGUUCAGUUCUGUGCCUUCCACUUUUGUUUUAAACAAUGCAAUUAUAGUGAACAUUUACUGGUUAACUAUCUCAUACAGCUCAUUGAUUUUUCAGUGACCCAGUACCAGCUGCAGUGCCCCAGUCUGAUGUGUACAGGCUGCUACAUGAUGAUCAGCAAGGAUCAAGUAAGCCACGUCAGUCCGGUUCCUUUAAGAUUCUCCAAGACAUGGUCUCUGAUGAAUCUGGUUAGUUGCCAUUUUUGUACGGCAUCUCUCUUCACUUACACUGCAUUACAUUUCUAUGAUGCAGCCAGGCACACCACCUCCUAGGGGAAGAGGUUUCUUCGGCCCUCUUAAUAUAUGCUGGCAGGGGGGCAGGCCCCCUCGAUAUUGAGAGGGCGGAGGAGGCUGAGCACGACACACUUUAGUGGCUGCCUCCUCCUGAGCUUGAGAAAGGAAGCUGCACGAUGCAACUACCUCUCCUAUGCUCAGGAGGAGCCAAGCACUAAACUGUGCUGCACUCGGCCUCCUCCUGCUGGUGCAACAUUGCACAUGCAUCGUGUGCCAGGCACAUGACAUCACUCACACAUGAUGUAUGCCAGUCCCCAAUCUUGCACGCAAGACAGCGCCUCUGGAUGCAGCCACUUUGCUGAAGCUAAGCAGGUUUUGGGCUUGUUAAUUACUUAACAGGAGGCAACUCAGGACAUCACUUACACAUUGUCAAAAAAGAGGGAAGACAUCACCAAAAAAGGGCACAAGCUUGCAUAAAAUUUGCAUGCCAUGAUUAACAUAUACAGAAGUGAAUUAAGAAAGAAUUACAAUAAUUUAGCUAGACGUAAGAUACUUCUCAUUAUUGUGGGGAACACUGUGACCAGGUGACCUGUGUGCCUACUCAACCUGUUGAUAGGAAACUUCAAGGUUGCUGUUCUCUCUUCUUACAGAGAUGGGAGACUUGGAUUGGAGUGCACUACAAAUAAAAUAUUCCUUCAAAGAGUGGGCUAUCCCCUGAUAGCCAUUCAAAUAGAGAACUGUAAACCUUGAGUUCCAUAAUGGAAGAAAGGCACUAAAUAAAGUAAAGCCUAACUGGAACAUGAACAGUGAUACCAAUAUCAAAUGUUAACCAAGAGGGUUAAACAUAUGCAGACCAUGUGUUCACAGUAAAAAUGAGAGAGGGAGAUAAAAGUAGCAGCAUAUAUCUACUGCUUAAUUAAAUGGAAUCCCCUAACUUACUGAGCAGUCCCAUAACUCAGAAGUAAAUCCAAUUGUGUUGAAUGAGGAUUGCCCCCUAGGGUUUAUCGGAAUGUGCCUAAGGGAGAGAGGCUAUAGACAUGGCACCUGCAUAUAACUAGUGAACUUCUUUUUUAAAAACAGCUUAAAAAUUGAGGAAAUCACCAAUAUUAUGCCAGAGAAUUUGGAUGGUUAAAAUAAUAAUCAAGCUUCAUGUGUUUUGUUAGGCAAUCCCUUGUUUUGUUUUGUUUUGUUUUGUUUUAAUACUAAUUAGCAAUCUCAUCUAGUAACUUUGCAGAUGAGAAUGUAACACUAAGGGAGUACUUUUAAUAAUUUUUCUCCUACGCCAUUUUCUCCGUCUAAAUUGCAUUUAACCCAAGACACUUAGAAGAAGCCUUGAGCUCUGUCCUGUCCUGUAAACAAAAGUGGCAUCUUUUUCUUUUUCUCCAGAUGGUCGGGCCCCUGCUAUAAGGAGUGUGAAAGCACCAGUAACGAAGGUACCUGCUGCUGGAGGAAGUGUGCCAAAGGUGCCCUUGUGUGACAAGUGUGGAAAUGGAAUUGUGUAAGAUAUUUUAUUUUAGUUCUAAUUGAUUUAUGGCAUAGGUCUUUGGAAAAGUUCACAUCAAUCUAGUGGUGGGUGGGUAUCUGUGAUUUCUCUUUCAUGAAGUUAUACAAAAUUCAAAGCAUUCAUACCUCUUUAUAGAGCUAUUCUUUAUUGCACAUUUUUAUGCAUUUUGUUUUAUUUUGUUGGUGCAGCAUAUAUUUUUAAAAGGUUAAAUAAGGUUUGGGACAAUGCUAUAAAUAAAGUCUGCAUAGCCUGUGUUGCUCUAAAAGAAAUGUUGGCGAAGCUUCUUGAUUUUACAUGCUCUUCUUAGCUCCCACUGAAAUUCAACCUCAGCAGGGUGCCUAACAGAUGCUGUACAGAUUGGCUGUAACAGCAUAUGAUCAGGAGCUGCAGAGGUGAGGGUAUCUGAAAUUUACUUAGUGGUUUUCAUCGGUCAAAUUUUGGCUUGCAGGCAUCUAGGUAUAUUUUAUUUUUAUUUUUAAGAAACCCGAUUUUGUAUAUUCAUAAUUGAACUUUAACUUCUUUUAUUUUUACCCCCCUUUCUUUGAUCUACAGUGGCACAGUGGUGAAGGCACGUGAUAAGUACAGGCAUCCUGAAUGUUUCGUGUGCUCUGACUGCAACCUCAACCUGAAGCAGAAAGGCUACUUCUUUGUGGAGGGGCAAUUAUACUGUGAAGCUCAUGCACGAGCUCGUAUGAGGCCCCCAGAGGGAUAUGAAGCCGUCACUGUUUAUCCCAAGGCUUAGCUGUCCGGAGAGACACAAAUAUCUGCAUGCUCACAUAAGGCACUAUCCGCUUACAGCAGCAAUACGACUGAAGGCAAUCCCGCAUUCUGCUUUUUAAAACAGGGAGGGAGACAGGAUGGAGAAGUUGGGAGAAGGAUGAUCAUUCUUGUAGCCCAUGUUGGUAUCUAUGGGAUUAUUUCCCAAAACAUUAUCACUAUGGCUGCCAGUGUAAUCCAAUGAGUUAUAAAUCUGACAUGCUAUAUUAAGAUCCUUUGCAAAUUGAGUUCAUGUAUAAUACUAUGAGUAAUCUACAGUGAGAGAACCAUACUGUAUUUUUAAAAUGUUCCUCUGUUUCUCUGUACAAGUGCAAUUAAAUGGCUUUUUUAAAAAAGACAUGUUCUGCAGCAGCAUUUACUCCCCAGUUACUUCAUAUCCAGUGGAAGUGGGAAGACACAUUCAGGAGUAUAUUGUCUGAAGAAAUAUGACUUGUGGUGGUAGAAGCAGUGGUGGCAAAUAUCACAAGUUUUUAAAGAGGAGUGAAACAGAUGUCUCAAAUUAGCAGUUGUUGCAUCUGCAUGGGGCAAAAUACAACCUCAUACAUUUUUGGAAGAAAACUCUGUGAUAAAACAAAUUUAAGCUUGUGUCUAGAGAAGUCAAGUGCAAGACUGUUGACAGGUGAUGGCUAGUAUGAAAAUGGUAUAUAUACCUUAAUGUUAAGACUGCACCCUACUUUAUCUCCCUAAGGCAUUGUUAUUGCAAUGUUCUGAUGUAACCUAUAUCUUCACCUGAAGGAAAAACAUCAGUCCUCAGACCCUUUCUAAACUAAUCCAGGCCCCCAUCUAGCCUCUGGCGCUAUCCCCAGGCCACAUCCCCCACCUGAAAAUAUGCCCCUUCUCUGGGAGACAC